GGCAACCAAUUUCUUUUAGGGAAAGAUUAUUUUAGAAGUAAGAGUGUACCAUUUGAGCUGUACAAAAGGCGCACAUCUGUAUUUGUUCGCAGAGAAACUUUUCUAGACAUUAUCUGUGAUGCUCUGGCUGAGUACAAGUAUAUGGGUCCCAACCAGAGAGAAGACUUGGCUCUAGCCUGCAGAUAUGGUUUGCCUUGGUUUCCAUUUUCAUGAUCAAGGAGAGAUGGAACAGAUAAAGGAGAGAUUUGUUAAAUUGCUAUUGGGGGAGGAUAUGUCUGGUGGAGGAAAGGGUGUUUCAUCAACUCUGGCACUGUCAAAUGCAUUCCCAAACCUUGCUGCUGCUGUUUUUGGUGAACAAAAGCGCCUAGAGCCGAUGCUGCCCAAGAGGAAAGCCAGAUGGAGAAAGGAAAUCGAUUGGCUUCUAUCAGUGACAGAUUAUGUUGUUGUGAUGGUUCCUACUCAACAAAAAUCAAAAGAUGGAUCCAGCAUGGAGAUUUAUUUGAAGUUGUAGAUCGAAGAGCCAAACUGGUUGCCACUGACUUAGAGGACUAGUCUGAUUCUAAAUCUCCAGUACUUCUCUGAUUUUCAAUUUGCCUUCUACGAUGAGGAUCAACUGAAUGAAAUUAAAGAAGAGUGAGCUACUUAUGCGUUAAAGAAUUUUGCA